AUGUUUGACCCCUUCUCCCACGUCUUAUCCUCCAUCGCCUCGUUCCUCUUCCCCUUGUUCGCCUCCUACAAAGCCCUCAAGACUUCCGAUCCGGCUCAGCUUACACCAUGGCUGAUGUACUGGGUUGUUCUGGCCUGCGGUCUGCUCGUUGAGAGCUGGGUCGAGUGGUUCCUCGUCUGGAUUCCUUUCUACGGCUACAUCCGCCUGCUCUUCCUCCUCUACCUCGUCCUGCCCCAGACCCAAGGCGCCCGCGUCAUCUACACCACCUACCUGCACCCGUGGCUCGAGGACAAUGAGAGCCAGAUCGAGGACUUCAUCGCCACUACCCACGACAAGAUGAAGACCGCCGGCAUCACCUACAUCAAGCGCGCCAUCGAGGCCGUCCGCGUCAACGUCCUCGGCCUGCCCCCGAACCCGCAGGCCGCCGCCACCGAGCCUCCGGCCGCUCCCGCAGCACAAAGCUACACCCAGGCCCUCCUCGCCCGCUUCACCCUCCCCCAGGCGCGGUGGAGCGGCGGCGCGGGCAGCACGGGCCAGGACUUCUACAACCUGCUCGCCGGGGCCGUCAGCGCCGCCUCGGCGACGGUGUCGAGCGCUGCUGCUGCUGGGAGCGGCGGCGGCGCGGCGGCAGCGUCCUCGUCCGGCGCCGCGGACCCGGCCACCGGCGCAAGCAUGAGCAUGAGCGCAUCCGGCACGCUGAUCCCGCCGAACAUCCGCGGCACCUCGGAGAAGAUCUCGUUCAUCGCGGCGCAGCGCGAGCGGCUCAACAUAGUCCUGUCGGCGCUGGACCGCGAGGCGAAGCAGCUCGAGAGCGGCAGUGGCGGACGCCCCGAGGCGGAGCGCAGGCCGUCGUCGAUCGCGCGGGACCUGAACCUGGACCUGGCAGGGGACGACGAGGAGCCGACGCAGAGGCCGGCCAGCGGGCUGAGCAAGAGUCGUAGCGAGGCGGACUUUGAGAAGAUCGAUGCCGAGAGCGGCGCCGAGGAGGACGAGGGCCGGACGCCGGCGGUCACGAGCGGCGGGAGCUGGCUGCCAUGGGGAUGGGGCGGUGGGAGUGGCAGUGGAAGUGGAAGUGGAAGUGGUGGGACGCCGGCCGAGGAGCAUAAGAAGUCCGAGUAG